GGUUGAAGAUUGCACGACGAAAAAAGGAUUAUUGCUUACACAGUGAAAUUAUCUCCACAACUUUAUUUAGAUACUGUCAUACAGUCGCAGUAUGGCUGUGCGGACAUAUCAAGAGGAGCUGGGGUUCUUAGAGAAGAUGGAUGCUAAUACAUGGCGCAUAAAGAAAGGCUUUGUACCCAAUAUGAAGGUUGAGGGAAUCUUUUAUGCAAAUGAAUCCUUAGAAAAGCUUAUGUUUGAUGAAUUGAAACAAUCCUGUCGUUCACAAGGCUAUGGAGGAUUUCUACCUGGAAUGAAACAGAUUGGCAAUGUAGCGGCUCUGCCUGGAAUUGUUGGGAAAUCCAUAGGUCUACCUGAUGUCCACUCUGGUUAUGGAUUUGCAAUAGGUAAUAUGGCAGCAUUUGACAUGGGAAAUCCUGAGGCAGUUGUCUCCCCUGGAGGUGUAGGUUUUGACAUCAAUUGCGGAGUCCGGCUGCUACGGACAAACCUGAUGGAGGAGGAUGUCCAACCGGUCAAGGAGCAGCUUGCCCAGUGUAUUUUUGACCAUAUACCAGUGGGUGUUGGCUCUAAGGGCAUCAUUCCCAUGACAGCACAGAACUUGGAGGAAGCAUUAGAAAUGGGAAUGGACUGGUCACUGCGAGAAGGAUAUGCCUGGGCUGAAGACAAAGAACACUGCGAGGAAUAUGGACGUAUGCUACAGGCAGACCCAAACAAAGUCAGUGCUCGGGCCAAGAAAAGAGGUCUGCCACAGCUUGGAACACUCGGAGCUGGGAACCAUUAUGCUGAAAUACAAGUAGUGGAUGAAAUUUACAAUGAAGCCGCAGCCAAGAAAAUGGGCAUUGAGUGCAAAGGUCAAGUUUGUAUGAUGAUCCAUUGUGGAAGUCGAGGACUUGGGCAUCAGGUAGCAACAGAUGCCCUUGUUGCCAUGGAGAAGGCUAUGAAGCGUGACAAGAUAGAUGUGAAUGAUCGACAGUUGGCCUGUGCUAGGAUUAACUCGGCAGAAGGACAGGAUUAUCUCAAGGGAAUGGCGGGGGCUGCCAACUACGCAUGGGUCAACCGCUCCAGUAUGACCUUUCUCUCCCGACAGGCUUUCUCUAAAAUGUUCAACACCUCACCAGAUGACCUAGACAUGCAUGUGAUAUAUGACGUGUCACACAACAUAGCCAAAGUGGAGGAACACUUUUUGGAUGGGAAGCAGAAGACGCUACUGGUACACAGGAAGGGUUCGACACGUGCUUUCCCACCUCAUCAUCCCCUCAUCCCUGUGGACUACCAGUUGACAGGCCAGCCUGUUUUGAUCGGAGGUACCAUGGGGACCUGUAGCUAUGUACUGACAGGUACAGAGCAGGGUAUGGUGGAAACUUUCGGAACAACUUGUCAUGGCGCGGGUCGGGCUUUAUCUCGUGCUAAGUCCCGACGUAAUCUGGAUUACACAGAUGUCCUAAAUUCCCUGGCGGAGAAGGGAAUCAGUAUCCGAGUGGCCUCCCCAAAACUUGUCAUGGAAGAGGCUCCACAAUCCUACAAAAAUGUUACAGAUGUUGUUGAUACAUGUCAUCGGGCUGGCAUCAGCCAAAAGUGUAUAAAACUGCGUCCAAUAGCUGUGAUAAAAGGCUGAAAUUUUCCCAUGGUGACUGAAAUAAUAUGGACAGUAGACACUUGCUACAGAAGUCUCAGAAAAUCAGAAAGUUAUUCCCUUAACGAAUCCCUAGUGCACCAGUGGUUUCUCCAGAAGACUCUGAAAUCACCUGACAAGUUAUUCCCAUAAUGCAGCCCUAGUGCUUCAGUGGUUUCUCCAGAAGACUCUGAAAUCACCUGACAAGUUAUUCCCAUAAUGCAGCCCUAGUGCUUCAGUGGUUUCUCCAGAAGACUCAGUAUGUGACCUGAUAUGUUACUACUCAUUGGAGCCCUAGUAUGCAAACCGUGUCUGUUAAUCUAUAUUGAUAAACAAAUGCAACAAAAAUGUUGUAAUGUGUGGUAUAAUAUAUUUCUCUGCACAUCUUCAGGUGUAUUUGAUAUACAUAAACCAUGAUAGUACAUUUUAUUUCUGUCGUACGUUAAGUCAUGAAGAUGGGGUUUUAUUCUACAUUUAUGCAUUUCUAUAUUUAUUUGGAAAAAAGAAAUGGGUUUCUAUUUGUUGCUGUUUGUUUGUUCUGUUGCAUACUUCUUAUUUAAGGUGAAUGGUAUUUUAAUUUGAAAAUUGUUGCUCAUAAAAACUCUCGCAAUGGUAGAUAUGAGGAGGGUGUAUGGAGUGUGUGUAUUGAAUGUUCUUUUUACACAUGUAUCCUUAUUUUUACCCUCGACAAGUUAACGAAAUUGUCAUCUUAACCUAUUUAAUUGAAAGCUUGUAAUCCCAUUAGAUUCAUACUCUUCAGUAUCUCUAGCUUAUAGAAAAUCUUCUCUCUGCCUGUUUAAUAGUAUAUACAUGUACAUGUCAUGUCAUUGAAAGUAUAUAUUGUUUUUGCAUUAUCAAUUUAAAUUGUAUGAUUAGGUCAUUAUCAUGUUUAUAGCAAUUGCUUGGACUCAUGCUUUCCCUGUGGAACCCCAUUUAUAGGGCUGUAACGAUACACCUAUGUCACGAUACGAUACGUAUCACGAUAUCUUCCCACGAUACGAUAAAUUUUGAUACGAUACAGGAUGCCGAAAUGUUAUGCUUCCUCUUCAAAUGCGUCGCCAUGUUUGAUGUGUUCCCCGACUUGUAACUUAAAGCUACGAAAUAUAUGCGGCAAGUGGAGAGUGCUGCUACAUUGAUUGUACAUUAUGUAAAGGGACACCACUGCUGAAUUAAUUAUUAGCUCCCCUGGCACGAAGUGCCAAGUGAGCUUAU